AUGGUAUCAUUAUACGAUGUGGGAACCCGUUGUUGGUAUCCUGAUGAAAAACUAGGCUGGAUCAGUGCUACUGUAAAGUCAAACAAGAAAAAUGGGGACAAGCACAUUAUAGAAUUUGUACCUGAAAACGAUGAUUCUCAGAUACUUACUAUUGAAACUGACAAUUUAUCAGAAGACAAUGACAAAUUACCUCCAUUAAGAAAUCCUCCAAUAUUAGAAGCUGCAGAAGAUUUGACUAGUUUGUCAUAUUUAAAUGAACCUGCGGUUUUACAGGCGAUUAAAUUACGUUAUUCACAAUUGAACAUUUACACUUAUUCUGGUAUUGUUUUAAUUGCCACCAACCCUUUCCAAAGAGUUGAGCAAUUGUAUUCACAAGACAUUAUACAAGCCUAUGCCGGUAAAAGAAGAGGAGAAUUGGAUCCUCAUCUUUUUGCCAUCGCCGAAGACGCUUACAGGUGCAUGAAAGAAGAUGGUGAAAACCAAACUAUAGUUGUCAGUGGUGAAUCUGGGGCCGGUAAAACUGUUUCUGCUAAAUAUAUUAUGAGAUAUUUUGCUACCGUGGAAGAAGAUUCCGAAUUGCAAACCAACAUUGGCACUGAACACAAAUCUGACAUGUCUGAUGUUGAAAAACAAAUUUUAGCCACCAAUCCUAUUAUGGAAGCUUUUGGUAAUGCCAAAACCACAAGAAAUGACAACUCAUCACGUUUUGGUAAGUAUUUGGAAAUCUUGUUUGAUAAAGACACAUCUAUUAUUGGUGCUAGAAUAAGAACAUACCUUUUAGAAAGAUCUAGAUUAGUAUUCCAACCAAGUACAGAAAGAAACUACCAUAUCUUUUACCAAAUGUUGGCAGGUAUGAGCAGUACUGAAAAGGAAGCCUUAGGGUUGAAAACUGCUGAUGAUUACAAGUACACCAACCAAGGAGGAAUGCCUCAAAUAGAAGGUAUUGACGAUGCUGACGAGUUCCGUAUCACCAAUGAGGCAUUAUCUUUAAUUGGUAUUGAUAACUCCAAGCAAUCAGAAAUUUACAAGAUUUUGGCAGCACUUUUACACAUUGGUAACAUUGAUAUUGCUGCCACCAAAAACGACGCACACUUAUCCAGUGAUGAACCUAAUUUAGUUAAAGCAUGUGAAUUAUUGGGCAUUGACGCAGUAUCAUUUGCCAAAUGGUGUGUUAAAAAGCAAAUAACAACCAGAAACGAAAAAAUCACCAGUAAUUUAAACCACAAACAAGCUUUAGUUGCCAGAGACUCGUUUGCUAAAUACAUUUAUUCAGCUUUAUUUGAUUGGUUGGUUGACUAUGUCAAUUCUGAUUUAUGUCCAGAAGAAGUUGCUGCCAGAGUGAAAUCAUUUAUUGGUGUGUUGGAUAUUUAUGGUUUCGAACAUUUCGAAAAGAAUUCUUUUGAACAGUUUUGUAUCAAUUAUGCCAAUGAAAAAUUACAACAAGAAUUUAACCAGCAUGUUUUCAAAUUGGAACAAGAGGAAUAUAUUAAAGAACAAAUUGAAUGGUCUUUUAUUGACUUUGCCGAUAAUCAACCUUGCAUUGAUGUUAUUGAAAAUAGAUUGGGUAUAUUGUCCCUUUUGGAUGAAGAGUCCAGACUUCCGGCAGGGAAUGAUGAAUCAUGGAUUGAAAAAAUGUAUCAAAACUUGGAUAAAGAACCAACAAAUAAAGUGUUUAAAAAGCCAAGAUUCGGUCAGACCAAGUUUAUUGUUUCUCAUUAUGCCUUGGACGUUACUUAUGAUAUUGAAGGUUUUAUUGAAAAGAAUAGAGAUACUGUUGGUGAAGGACAUCUUGAAGUUAUGAAGAACUCUACUAAUCCUUUGUUACAAUCCAUUUUGGAAAUUAUUGAUAAAAAUGCCGCUGCCUUGGAAGCCUCUAAACCAGAAACGAAAACUCCAAGAGCAAAGAUUGCUAAUAAGAAACCAACUUUGGGUUCCAUGUUCAAGAAUUCUUUGAUUGAAUUAAUGAAAACUAUCAACUCCACAAACGUUCAUUAUAUCAGAUGUAUAAAACCAAAUGAACGAAAGAAAGCUUGGGAAUUUGACACAUUAAUGGUGUUGUCUCAAUUGAGAGCUUGUGGUGUGUUGGAAACAAUCAGAAUUUCAUGUGCUGGGUUCCCUUCAAGAUGGACUUAUGUGGAAUUUGCUGACAGAUAUCAUAUUUUGGUUCCUUCACAAGAUUGGAUUAGAGUCAUGAGUGGUAACACUACCCAAGAAUCUGUGACUGGCUUGUGUAACCAAAUAUUGACAGCUAAUAUUGAGAAUAAGGAGAAAUAUCAAUUGGGUAAUACCAAGAUAUUUUUCAAAGCUGGUAUGUUGGCUCAUUUUGAAAAAUUGAGAUCCGAUAAAUUGUUCAAAUCCGCUGUGAUGAUCCAAAAGAACAUGAGAAAGAGAUUCUACAGAAAGAAAUAUCUCGAAACCAGAGCUUCUCAUAUUCAAUUACAAGGUUUAAUUCGUGGUUAUAUGUCCAGAAAACGCGUCAGAGAAGAACAAGAAAGAGUCGCUGCUACUUUAAUCCAAACUUCAAUCAGAGGUUACUUGGCCAGAAAGCAAUUUGCUCAAACACUUUUAUCUGUUAUUACGAUUCAAAAAUCCGUCAGAGGAUUACAUGCAAGAAGAAAUUACCAAAAAUUACGCGAAUCAAGCUCAGCUGUUGUUAUUCAAAAAUCUUGGAAGGCUUAUCAAGCCAGAUCCAGUUAUCAAAUUCAACGGAAAUCUGCUGUUAUUAUUCAAUCAGCAUUUAGAAGACAAUAUGCUAUUCGUGAAUUGCAACAAUUGAAAGUUGAAGCUAAAUCAUUGAAUAAAUUGAAGGAAGUAUCUUAUCAAUUAGAAAACAAGGUGAUUGAUUUAACUCAAUCAUUAACUUCCAAGAUCCAAGAUAAUAAGAAAUUAAUGGAAGAAAUUGCCAAUUUGAAAGUUUUAUUAGAACAACAAGGCCAAGCACAUGAAACUUUGAAAACUCGUGAACUUGAAUUUAGUGAGAAGUUUGACUCCCAGAAUGCCGAACAUCAACAAGAAGUUGAAAACUUGAAUCGUGAAUUGGAGACUAUCAAGAACGAGUAUGCGUCAGCAGGUGCCAAGAUUGAACAAUUGUAUAAAGAACAAGCUGAAUUGAAACAAGAAGUACAAAGAAACAUUGAAGAAUUGAACAAGGCUAAAGACGACCUUGUUAAGCGUGACACCAUUGAAGUUGACUUGAAAUCACACAUUGAACAAUUAAAGACUGAAUUAGCAAAAUUGCAACAACAACAAUCAGAAGCCAGAAACGGGUCAGCUGUUCUUGUGAAUAGUAAGACUAGAAAUGUCAAUAAGCGUCACAGUAGUGCCGUAGCAUGGAACUCACCAAACUCCCUUGAUAAUAGCAACAGACCAGUGUCAGUCAUUGCCGUUUCCAAUGACGAUGAUGCUAACAUUGAUGAUAUCAACGACGAAUUAUUUAAAUUAUUGAGAGACUCACGUCAAUUACAUCGUGAAAUUGUUGAUGGAUUAUUGAAAGGUUUGAAAAUCCCACCAUCUGGUAUUGCCGCUGAUUUGACAAGAAAGGAAGUUCUCUUCCCAUCAAGAAUUAUCAUCAUCAUUUUGUCAGACAUGUGGAGAUUGGGGUUGACCAAAGAAAGUGAAGAUUUCCUUGGAGAAGUCUUGUCAUCAAUUCAAAUGAUUGUUUCUGCUUUGAAGGAUGAUGAUGUUAUACCUCAUGGUGCAUUUUGGUUAUCAAACACCCAUGAAUUGUAUUCCUUUGUGUCAUAUGCUCAACAUACUAUCAUUGCUAAUGACAACUUGGCUCAUGAAAUGAGUGAAGAAGAGUUUGAUGAAUAUCUUAAGUUGGUGGCAGUUGUGAAGGAAGAUUUCGAAUCACUUUCCUACAAUAUUUACAAUAUGUGGAUGAAGAAGAUGGAAAAAGAUUUGGAGAAGAAAGCUGUGUCGGCCGUUGUAUUGUCACAAGCAUUGCCCGGGUUCAUGGCUCCUGAGAGCUCUCCAUUCUUGGCCAAAGUGUUUUCCGGUGGAGUUCAAUACAAAAUGGAUGAUAUUUUAAGUUUCUUCAACACAGUCUACUGGGCUAUGAAAUCAUAUUUUAUUGAAAUGGAGGUUAUAAAUGAAGUUAUCAUUGAAUUAUUGAGAUUUGUUGAUGCCUUGUGUUUCAAUGAUUUGAUCAUGAGAAGAAAUUUCUUGUCUUGGAAAAGAGGUUUGCAAUUAAACUAUAAUGUUACAAGAUUGGAAGAAUGGUGUAAAAGUCAUGAUAUUGAAGAAGGAUCAAACUAUUUGAGUCAUUUGUUACAAGCAGCUAAAUUGUUACAAUUGAGAAAGAAUACCCCUGAUGAUAUUAGCAUAAUAUAUGAAAUUUGUUUUGCUUUGAAACCAAUCCAAAUUCAAAAAUUGAUUUCUCAAUAUUAUGUUGCUGAUUAUGAAACUCCAAUUGCUCCUAAUGUGUUACAAGCUGUUGCUGAUAAAGUCAAAGAAAGUGAUUCCAGUAAUUCGGACGAUUUGUUUGAAUUGGUUUCAACCGAUGGACAUUUCAAUGAUCCUUUCAGAAAUAUUGCAUUAAGACCAUUCUCAAGAGUUGAAGCUUAUGUUCCAGCUUGGUUGAAUUUACCAGUCAUUAGAAGAAUAGUUGAAUUGGUUGCUAAAAACGCUUCUGUACAAGAAUCACAAUCUGCAAUAGGAGUCGAAGAAGAAGCUAACGGAUUGUGA